CCAAUUGCAAUCGAACCCGCCCUGGCUUACGAUGAAGCUGCGAGGGCAAUGUACGGUCCAUGUGCGAGGUUGAAUCUCCCCAGCACGUCUCAUCCCAUGUCUACGGCUGGUAUCCCGAGCACUGGUUAUUCAGUUGGUACCCCAAGCAAGACCACGGCUUGGUCAACUCAGUCUGAAUUGACUUGCGGCGCGGAGGUUAAGGACGGCCAUCGUGAGGGCAAGUCGAAUGCGGAUGGUGGAGAGUUGGAGCCGAUGAGCGAAACCAUUGUCGAUUUCGACUGGCUUAGCGACUACACAGCAGACGAGCUGUUCGAUGAGGACGAAUUGUUGAGGACUUUGGAGGAUGACCCGAAGUUCUCCACCGGAUGUCAAGAUGGAACAGCAGAACAUUUAGAACACAAAUAGCUAGAAUUGCGUAUGAAGAGAGUAUUAACUUUGUUCUUUCACUGACAGAUAUUGAAUAUCGUUUAUCUGAUGGGACAAUUACGUUUUUAGGAGUGCAUUGUCUGGGGGGGUUUCUGAGUAAUGGUUUCAUUUGCUUUUUGUGAGCUGAACUCUGUAACUGUGAACUGCUGGAAUACUGGAAAAAAAAGGACUGGAUAUAU